GCUAUCCGUUAUAACUAUAUAACUGUUAAUUUAGAACAGCUUUUAUCGGCUGUUUUCGUUGUUGUUUUCCGCCACUUCCAGCCACUUCGCGGAAAAAUAAAAUAAACUCGCACCAUUUCGCAGAUCGUAGUUAAAGUGAGUUCUUACUUGAUAGUUUUAUUUAUAAUUAUCUAGAGAUUUAAUGAUUUCUUACUAACAAUCAAAUGGUUGAAGGAUAAUUUUCAUGUUUCGUACAUGAAAAAACUUACAUUUUACAUCCAACUAAAAAGUGUGCUGUAUUUUUGACUGUCGGAUUAAAGUUAAACAAAUCAGGUAGCAGGAUGAAUAAUAAACAAAGUAUCUGUUAUAAGAAUAUUGGGAUAUGGAUAUCAGAGAAAAAGAGUCAAAAGCUAAACUGGAAGGAACUAAUUAAAACUUGUAAUUCACAUGGUUACAACCUUAUCAAGUUAGAUUUGGAAAAGCCUUUGGAAGAUCAAACGGAGUGCGAUGUUUUUCUUCAUAAAUUGACCGACGUUAUAGCCGCAUCUGAUCAAGGAGAUUUAAAGGCUCUUCACAUCAUUUGUAAUGUACAGCAGUAUCUAUCAAAUCAUCCAAAUACAACAGUAAUUGAUCCAAUUAAUAAUGUAAGAAUCUUGCUGAACAGACAUUGCUAUUAUUCUAUAUUACAAGAGGAAUUAUCACUUCAAAGACAUGGAAUAUUUACACCAAAUUUUGCUGAAUUCAAGACAUGUAAUGUUGAACAAAACAUUGAGAUUAUGAGGCAAUGGGGCGUUAAGUUUCCUGUUAUAUGUAAACCGACAAUUGCACAUGGUUCAAAGUCUGCUCAUGAGAUGGUUCUUAUUUUUAACAAAAAAGGUUUAAAUGCCUGCAAACCUCCAUGUGUGGUUCAGAGUUUUGUUAAUCAUAAUGCGGUUCUACAUAAAGUUUUUGUGGUGGGAAAUAGAUACCACAUAUGUCAGCGGCCAAGCCUUAAAAACUUUAACGCAUCAGACGAUUUAGAACCAAUAUUUUACACAACCGGUGAAGUUUGCAAAGCGGAUAGUCGGUCAACUUUAUCUAUAUUAGAUCCACAUGAUAAGCCUGAUAUUAAAAUGAAUCUCGAUGAGAAUAAAAUCAAACCAAUCAUAAGGUUAUUAAGAGAGAAAAUUGGCUUACUGUUAACUGGUUUUGAUGUCGUCAUAGAUAAUGCAACAGGUAACCACGCUGUUAUAGAUAUUAAUGUUUUUCCUAGUUAUGAUAAUUUUCCAAAUUUCUUUGAUCACCUUUUAGAUUGUAUUGAUGAAUCUGUUAAUAAAAUGUCUAAUGGAGAUAUUUAUACGAGUUUGAGUGAUAGUGGAGACGAUUACUGUUGUAAUCGUAUUUCAAAUGGUUUUGUUAAUGUAGGUCAAAGUACAAAUAGGUUAAGUGUCAGCGGAAUGAAUAUAAAUUGAUAUAUUUAAUUGAUUUAUUGAAUGAACUGCCAUUACAAUAUUAUAUUAAUUUUAAUAUUACUCUUAUUGUGAAUAACACUGGUAUAUUUUUUGUUUAUUUAGUUCUCAAAGAAUAAGAAUGUGUUUUGUAAACUUCUUUGUGGUUUAUGUUUACAUUUAGAUAUAGGUACUUAAUCUUUGUUGUAAAAUUACAGGAGUAAAUAUUUUGUAAAUUAAGUACUUCCAUAUAUGCUUAUGGUUCAAAGAUAAAUUAAUGUUGUGCCAAAAGUCACUUUUGAUUGUGGAUGCUAGAAACUUGGGAAAAACGAUACUUUUAUUCUUUAAUAAAUAUUGUAGUUAAAAUGUAGUUUGCAUCUAGUAAACAAAAUUUUUUAAAGUUUGUAAAUGUAAUAACUAUUUGCAAUGUCUAUACAUGUAAAUAUGCCUUGCUAAAAUGCAUGCAUAAGUUUUUAUUUCUAAUUAGAUUUUUUUAUAGCUUAAGAAGUACAUAUUUGUAAAAUUAUUAAUUGAAAUUACAUAUAUUUGAAUUUUUGAGCUUAAAAUAAUAAAAUAUGCGCACAAGAAUACAUAUGUGCAAGUAUAUGUUUCAAUGGAUGUGAGUUUUUGUACAAGUUUUAUCAUUUUUGUUAUUGUAUGAAAUAUUGCUUUG